CUCCCGCAGGCCCGGCGUCAGCACCGCCCACUUGGCACCCCAGCGGCCUCGGCGCUCCGGCUCCCCUCCUACCAAUGGGCGUCGCGGCGGUGACUGUGGGAAGUGUAGUUCCGGGGGAGAGGCUGGUCCGCGCUCGCGGACCUCAAGUCCCGACAGGCCCCGCGCCCGGGGCCUCUCCACGCACGGCCUGCGCGGGGGCGGGGCUGCGGCCGAGGAGGCGCGUCCCCAACGGCUCCCGCGGCGGUUGGAACUCGGCGUGGCUGGGGCUCGCUGCUUUCCCGCGUCCUGUGUCGGGGGUUCCACGCCCGGGCCCGCCAGCCGGUCCGAGGUUUCCGAACGCAGACCGCAGCGCGGCGUGCGCCGUCGUCGGGGAGCUAGAGAUGUUGCAAAGGUAAAGCUGAAUGGGGACCGAUCCGUUGACUUUUGUUUGGGAGAGUCUUCUCAUUUAAGCCGAAGCAAAUUUGUGGAAACAAGAGGAAAGAGGAUAGAAACAUUUUUUUCUCUACAAAGAUCCCAUAACAUUUAAUUUCCUGCCACAGUUUCUAACAAUAAGGUACUUAGAGAAUUUCACAACCCUAAAGAUACCCAUCAGUUGAAGAAACAAAAGCUUUAAAGCCUCAUAUAUUUCUGUGAGUUAACAAUUCUGCUAAUGUCAUUUUGAUCUCUGUGGUUGUGAUGUGAGUGUGUAUGAUUUUUAAAUUUUAUAAGCAUAGUGAAUGGGAGAUCAGGAUAACUUUUAUCUGAUAUAAAUUAUCUUUAAGAAAAUACGAAUGAUUUUAAUGAUACCAAUUUUGUUAGACGUUCAGAGCUUGUAACGUGAUUGUGUAAGUUCAGACACUUCAUAUUGAAGUUAGUCUGUAAUAAGGAAAAUGCAGCGUGACAGUUAAAGGGUCUUUGGAUCUUGAUGACUUAGGUUCAGGUCUUGGUUCUACCGUUUACCGUUUGUAUAACCUUGAACAAGUUAUUUAGUUUGUCUCAUUCUUAGUUUCUUCAUCUUUAAUAUGGGAUGGAAAUACUUAGUUACACAAUUGUUAGAAGGAUUAAAGGUGCUUAGUAAAGGGGAACUAUAGUAACUAUACCCUGGCUAUAAUGAAAAAUGGAUUCAUUGAAAUGCUAUUGAAUUUUCCAUUAUGGCUUUACACUGCAGAGAAGUUGAUUGUUGCUGGGGGUUUUGUUUUAAAUUACCAUGAAAGAUUUAACGACAUUUGAAAUAGAAAAAUGAUGAGUUAAAUUUUAUUAGUGUGAGAGUAUUUUGACUGACACCACAGAUUCUUUCAGGCAGGGUACGAGAAAUUCACUUCUUUUUUAAAGAAAUGGAAUCUAGUUCAUCAGACUACUAUAAUAAAGACAAUGAAGAAGAAAGUUUGCGUGCAAAUGUUGCUUCCUUAAGACAUGAACUGAAGAUAACAGAAUGGAGCUUACAGAGUUUAGGAGAAGAGUUAUCCAGUGUUAGUCCAAGUGAAAAUUCGGAUUAUGCCUCUAAUCGCUCAAGGUGUGAAAGGCUUAUUCUGGAAGAUCUUUCUCAGCCUAGCCAGCUUGGAUUUUUGAAUUACUCACCUUAUAAAAAAGUUUGUAAGAUGCCCAAUGCGGGUACUGAUUUUCAAAAAAAGCCAAGAGAUAAGAUGUCUUUUUCAUCUUCUGCCUCUGUGGAUCAGGAGAUCAAAAGUCUUCGAGAGAAACUUAAUAAACUUAGGCAACAGAAUGCUUGUUUGGUCUCACAGAAUCAUUCUUUAAUGACUAAAAUAGAAUCUGUUCACUUUGAAUUAACUCAGUCAAGAGCAAAAGUUUCUAUGCUUGAAUCUGCUGAACAACAGGCAGCCAAUGUGCCAAUCUUAGAAGAACAGAUCAUAAAUUUGGAAGCAGAAGUUUCAGCCCAAGAUAAAGUUUUGAGAGAGGCAGAAGAUAAAUUGGAGCAGAGUCAGAAAAUGGUGAUUGAAAAGGAACAGAGUUUGCAGAAAUGCCAACAGGAAUGUAUAAAGUUGAAGGUAGACUUACUUGAACAAAGUAAACAAGGAAAGAGAGCUGAACGACAAAGGAAUGAAGCACUAUAUAAUGCUGAAGAGCUGAGUAAAGCUUUCCAACAUUAUAAAGAAAAAGUGGCUGAGAAACUAGAAAAGGUUCAAGCUGAAGAAGAAAUAUUAGAGAAAAAUCUAAUUAACUGUGAAAAAGAAAAUAAAAGGCUACAGGAAAAGUGUGGUCUAUAUAAAAGUGAACUUGAAAUUCUGAAAGAGAAAUUAAGGGAGUUAAAAGAAGAAAAUAAUAAUGGAAAAGAAAAAUUAAGGAUCAUGGCAGUGAAAAAUUCCGAAGUCAUGGCGCAACUAACUGAAUCUAGACAAAAUAUUCUGAAGCUAGAGAGUGAGUUAGAGGACAAGGAUGAAGUACUUAGAGAAAAAUUUUCUCUAAUGAAUGAAAAUCGAGAAUUAAAGGUUCGUAUUGCAACACAGAAUGAACGACUGGAUUUGUGUCAGCAAGAGAUAGAAAGUUCAAGGGUGGAACUGAGAAGUUUGGAAAAAAUUAUGUCCCAGAUGCCGUUAAAAAGAGAAAUGUUUGGUUUUAAAUCAUCUCUUUCUAAGCAUCAGAUGAGUAUUUUGUCAAACAAGGAAGACAGUUACAUUGGCUGCUGUGAGACGAAUAAAAUGGUGAUUUCAGAAUUGAGGAUUAAGCUUGCAAUAAAAGAGGCAGAAAUUCAAAAGCUUCAUGCAAACCUGACUGCAAAUCAGUUAUCUCACAGUCUUUUUGCUUAUAAUGACAACCAAGAAAGUGGCAAAUUAAAUAGUUUAGAAACAGAACCUGUAAAACUAGGAGGUAAUCAAGUAGAAAGUAUAAAAGAUAAAAAUCAACAUACUGUGAACAAGCAAUAUGAAAGAGAAAGGCAAAGACUUGCUUCUGGAAUAGAAGAAUUACGUGAUAAGUUGAUGCAAAUAGAAGCUGAAAAUUCUGAUUUGAAGGUUAACAUGGCCCACAGAACUAGUCAGUUUCAGCUGAUUCAAGAGGAGCUGCUAGAGAAGGCUUCAAACUCUAGCAGACUUGAAAGUGAAAUGACAAAGAAAUGUUCUCAGCUUUUAACUCUAGAGAAACAGCUGGAAGAAAAAAUUGUUGCUUAUUCCUCUAUUGCUGCAAAAAAUGCAGAACUAGAACAGGAACUUAUGGAAAAAAAUGAAAAGAUUAGAAGUCUAGAAACCAAUAUCAAUACAGAACAUGAAAAAAUUUGUUUAGCUUUUGAAAAGGCAAAAAAAAUUCAUCUUGACCAGCAUAAAGAGAUGGAAAAGCAGAUUGAAAAACUUGAAUCUCAACUAGAGAAUAAAGAACAACAAUUUAAAGAACAAGAAAAGACUAUAUCCAUGUUGCAGCAAGAUAUAAUAUGUAAACAACAUCAUCUUGAAUCACUAGACAGACUCCUGACAGAAAGCAAAGGGGAAAUGGAAAAGGAAAAUAUGAAGAAAGAUGAAGCUUUGAAAGCAUUACAGAACCAAGUAUCUGAAGAAACAAUCAAGGUCAAACAACUAGACUCAGCAUUGGAAAUUUGUAAGGAGGAACUUGCUUUGCAUUUAAACCAGUUGGAAGGAAAUAAGGAAAAGUUUGAAAAACAACUAAAGAAGAAAUCUGAAGAGGUAUAUUGUUUACAGAAGGAGCUGAAGAUUAAAAAUCACAGUCUUCAAGAGACUACUGAGCAAAAUGUUAUUCUGCAGCAUACUCUUCACCAGCAGCAGCAGAUGUUACAACAAGAGACAAUUAGAAAUGGAGAGCUAGAAGACACUCAGACUAAACUUGAGAAACAGGUAUCAAAACUGGAACAAGAGCUUCAAAAACAAAGGGAAAAUUCAGCUGAAAAGUUGAGAAAAAUGGAGGAGAAAUGUGAAGCAGCCACAUAUGAAGCAGAUUUGAAAAGGCAAAAAGUUAUUGAGCUUACUGGUACUGCCAGGCAAGUAAAACUUGAGAUGGAUCAGUACAAAGAAGAGCUGUGUAAAAUGGAAAAGGAAAUAAUGCACCUAAAACGGGAUGGAGAAAAUAAAGCAAUGCAUCUCUCUCAGUUAGACAUGAUAUUAGAGCAGACAAAGACCGAACUAGAUAAGAAAACAAAUGCUGUGAAAGAGUUAGAAAAGUUACAGCACCGCACUGAAACUGAACUAGCAGAAGCCUUGCAGAAACGGGAGGCACUAGAGGCUGAACUACAAAAUGCUCAUGGAGAGUUAAAAAGUACUUUAAGACAGCUCCAGGAACUGAGAGAUGUGCUACAGAAGGCUCAGUUAUCAUUAGAGGAAAAGUAUACUGCUGUAAAGGAUCUCACAGCUGAAGUCAGGGAAUGCAGAAUGGAGAUUGAAGACAAAAAGCAAGAACUCCUUGAAAUGGAUCAGGCACUUAAAGAGAGAAAUUGGGAGCUUAAGCAGAGAGCAGCUCAGGUUACACAUUUGGAUAUGACUAUUCGUGAGCACAGGGGAGAAAUGGAACAGAAAAUAAUUAAAUUAGAAGGUACUCUGGAGAAAUCAGAAUUGGAGCUUAAAGAAAGCAACAAACAGAUAGAAAGUUUGAAUGAAAAAUUGAAAAAUGCCAAAGAACAGCUUCGAGAAAAAGAGUUUAUAACACUGCAGAAUGAACAGGAGAUAAGUCAACUGAAGAAAGAAACUGAACGGACACAACAAAAGAUAAAUGAAAUGGAAAGCGUUAUGAAAGAGCAGGAACAGUACAUUGCAACUCAGUACAAGGAGGCCGUAGAUACGGAGCAGGAAUUGAGGCUUACUCGGGAGCAGCUGCACAAUUCGCAUACAGAACUGGUAGAGGCUCGUCGUCAGCAAGUCCAAGCACAGAGAGAAAUAGAAAGGCUCUCAAGUGAACUGGAGGAAAUAAAGCAACUCUCUAAAGAGAAAGAAGCUCAUGGAAACCAUUUAGCUGAAGAAUUGGGAGCUUCUCAAGUCCGUGAAGCUCAUUUAGAAGCAAGAAUGCAAGCAGAAAUCAAGAAAUUGUCAGCAGAAAUAGAAUCUCUCAAAGAAGCUUAUCAUCUAGAGAUGAUUUCACAUCAGGAGAACCAUGCAAAGUGGAAGAUUUCUGCUGACUCUCAAAAGACUUCUGUUCAGCAACUAAAUGAACAGUUAGAGAAGGCAAAACUAGAAUUAGAAGAAGCUCAGGACACUGUAAGCAAUUUGCAUCAACAAGUCCAAGACAGGAAUGAAGUAAUUGAAGCUACAAAUGAAGCAUUACUUAUAAAAACUAUUAUGAAUAAUGCUGCGAUGAACACAGGAGUGCAGGAAUCAGAAUUAACCAGAUUACAAGCCAAAAUUUCUGGACAUGAAAGGACAGAAGACAUCAAAUUUCUAGCAGCCCCAUUUACAUUUCCCAUGGAAGUUAUGCCUGAUACUCAAGAUCCAAAAUUUGCUAAACAUUCUCACACAACUUUUUUCAAGUGUAGAAAACUACGUCGCUCUAUUAGUGCGAGUGACCUUAGUUUCAGAACUCAUGGUGAUGAAGACCUUUCUGAAGAAUUGUUGCAGGACUUAAAAAAAAUGCAAUUGGAACAACCUUCAACAGUAGAAGAAAGCCAGAAGAAUCUGACUUAUACCCAGUCAGACUCAUUUAAACCUCUCGCAUAUGACCUAGAAGAUGAUAGUUCUGAGAAUAAUGACUUCAGUACACUUAGUGGAAUGCUGAGAUACAUAAACAAAGAAGUGAGACUAUUAAAAAAGUCUUCUAUACAAGCAGGUGCUGGUCCAACUCAGGGAGAAAAUUUAUAAUUAAAAGAAGAUGCUGAUGUGAUGAAAAAUGGGAUUUUUGAGUUUUAGCUGGGCCCAUGGCCAGACUAUAUUUCCAGGCCUCUCCAGUGAUUAAGUUCUCACCGGAAGACUACAAGCGGAAAUGAAGUGUACAGCUUCAGGCCUGGGCAUCAAAAUAUUACAUAUGUGCUCCUCCAAGGUCUUUUCCUUUUUCUGGAGCUGGAAUUGCCUGCAACCCAACUUCAACUAUGUAGAUGAGGAAAACACCAUAGGAGAUGGCAGAUAAACAAAAUAAAAAGAACCUGGGUGCCUAAGUGACCUGGAACAUUCUCCUUGGACUAUUUAAUGAGAGAGAAAUAAACUUCUGUCUUUUUAAGCCA